AUGAAUAUUCAAAUUAAAUAUAACUAUGAUGUAUUUCAGAUCGGUGAAAAAUAUUUACUGCCGGCUGUCCGCCACACAGAUAUGCAUAAAAAAUGUGUGGUGAUAGACUUAGAUGAAACUCUUGUACAUAGUUCUUUUAAGCCAAUUAGCAAUGCUGAUUUUAUAGUUCCAGUAGAAAUAGAUGGAACUGUACAUCAGGUUUAUGUGUUAAAGAGGCCUUAUGUAGAUGAAUUUCUACAGAGGAUGGGAGAAUUAUUUGAGUGUGUAUUAUUUACAGCUAGUUUAGCUAAGUAUGCAGACCCAGUAGCUGACCUACUUGAUAAGUGGGGAUGUUUUGGGGCCCGGCUUUUCAGGGAAUCUUGUGUCUUUCAUAGGGGUAAUUAUGUUAAGGAUUUAAGUCGGUUAGGUAGAAAUUUAAAUCAAGUGGUUAUUGUAGAUAAUUCCCCGGCAUCUUACAUCUUCCAUCCAGACAACGCUGUACCAGUAGCAUCUUGGUUCGAUGACAUGUCAGAUUCAGAACUUUUGGACUUAAUACCGUUUUUCGAGGGACUUGCACGAGUGGAUAGUGUAUAUUCAGUGCUUAAACAAACUAUGGAUAGUCCUUCGACCACACCCCCUUCAUAG